AUGGUGAAUAUAUCGGAAAAGAUCAAGGAAAUUCAAGAUGAAAUGUCGAGAACUCAAAAAAAUAAGGCGACAGAGUACCAUUUAGGACUUUUAAAAGGAAAACUAGCAAAAUACAGAAGAAUGCUUUUGGAUCCAGAUAGUUCUUCCAGCCAGGGCAGUAAAGGUCAAGGAUUCGAGGUGAGCAAAAGUGGGGAUGCCCGAGUCUGCUUAAUUGGCUAUCCAUCUGUGGGGAAAUCGUCUUUUUUGUCCAAAGUUACAAAAACUCAGUCAGCAGCCGCGGCAUACGAAUUUACCACGUUGACUUCCGUUCCUGGUGUUUUACGUUAUGAAGGAGCUGAAAUUCAAAUUGUCGACUUGCCCGGAAUAAUCAAAGGGGCUAGUGAGGGAAAAGGUAGAGGAAGACAGGUCGUUGCAACCGCGAAGACUGCAGAUUUAAUUUUAAUGGUCCUUGAUGCAACUAAAGGCCCUGAUCAGCGUGAGAACCUAGAAAAAGAACUUGAAGCCAUUGGAAUCAGAUUGAACAAAAGUAAGCCUGACAUCAUGAUAAAAUACAAACAGUCCGGUGGUAUAAAAUUGAUUUCGUUAAACCCUCCAUCUCACUUAGAUGAAAAGCUUGUGUCCUCCAUACUAAAGGAAUACAGAAUACACAACGCGGACGUAACAUUGAAAGAUAAAGAUGCCACUGUAGACGAUUUGAUAGAUGUGAUUAAUGAGAAGCAUGUGGUUUACACACCUUGUCUUUACGUCUACAACAAGAUUGAUGCCGUUUCGCUGGAGGAAGUGGAUAGAAUUGCACGCGAGCCUAAUACCACAGUGAUGUCUUGUGAGAUGGAGCUUUCGAUUGAUGAUGUUGUGGAAGAAAUAUGGUACCGUUUAGAUCUGUUGAGACUGUACACGAAGCGAAAGAACGCAAGACCUGAUUUUACGGAACCACUGGUUGUCCGCAAUCAGUCGACAAUUGAGGAUGUUUGCAAUUCAAUUCACAAGGAUUUAAAAGACAAUUUUAAGUACGCUCUGGUUUGGGGGUCAUCGUCCAAAUUUGGAGUGGCUCCCCAAAAGUGUGGUUUGAACCAUUUAGUCCACGAUCAGGACGUGGUAACGAUAGUUACAAAAUGA